CCUGAACGCAUCUCGAGUUUCUUCAUGAAGCUGAAGGUCGAAGGUUCUUCAACGAUUCAGAUUCUAAACUCAACUGAAGAAGAUCGGACGAGAACCAGCUUCUAACGAGAGAGACUCAGAAACGUGUCCUCAGAUCAGUUUGACUCGGGUUCAUCCUCUGGGAGCGUGAACGAUGAGCGUCCAGUCGAGUGCAGAGGAGGAGCUGCUGGAGAAGUUCCUGGACGCUGCAGCCAGAGGACACGCCCCCCAGGUGUCCUCGCUGCUCGCCCACGUCCCCUCGCUCAUCAACCAGACAGGAAGCAGCGGCUGGACGGCGCUGAUGCUCGCCGCUCGCCACGGACACUUUCCUGUGGUGGAGGAGCUGCUGUCACGUGGCUGUGACAAGUUCUCCGUGAACUCUUCGUCACAAACCGCCUACGACGUGGCCCGGUUCUGGGGUCACAGGCACAUCUCCGGCCUCCUGGGGCGGCCGGACCACGGCGCCCUACCGGUUCUGCCCGGCUCCGACCUCGUGCCGCAGGAGAACUACUUCAGCAGGGAGACGCUGGACCGGCUGAGCGCCAGGAGGACGGACAGCGAGUGGCUGGAGGCGAGACGGAGAGACGCCGACACCGUCUACCUGCUGUUCUCCAGCCUCAGCCCCAUGGUCAGCUGCUCCGGGGACCACGGCUCAGAGGGGAACAUGAAGCUGUGUCGGCUCAGGUAUGAGGAUGUGAGGGAUCUUCUCCAGGAGCCUGCCACUGUGCUCGUCUUCUUAGGAGUGGAGAGGAGGAAGAAACCCUCCUCCUCUUCCUCUCAGACGCAGGCGGUCGGUGAGGAGCCUCCGGCUUGGUUUGCCGUCGGCACAGAUGAAGACGCAGCCGAACUUCUGAAACGCUGCCGAGAAAAGAACUGUUUGUUCCCAAAGACACCGAACAGAGACCUGCUGAAGCUGAGCGAGGAAGAGGCCGGCGUGGUGGCCCCGGCUCGCUCGGUGCUGGCGUGGCACGGCAGCUACAGCUUCUGUGCCACGUGCGGCAGCGGCACCCGGCCGGAGGAGGCCGGACACAAGAGGAGCUGCCUGAACGCCGCCUGCCGCAGCCGGAGGGGCGUUCACAACACCUGCUACCCACGAGUCGACCCGGUCGUCAUCAUGCUGGUGAUUCAUCCUGAUGGAAACCAGUGUUUACUGGGAAGGAAGAAGGUCUUUCCUGUCGGCCUGUUCUCCUGUCUGGCUGGUUUCAUCGAGCCUGGGGAGACCAUGGAGGAGGCGGUGAGGCGGGAGACGGAGGAGGAGAGCGGCGUGAAGGUCGGACCCGUCCAGUACGUCUCCUGUCAGCCGUGGCCGAUGCCGUCCAGCCUGAUGAUCGGCUGCCUCGCUGUCGCCAUGUCCACGGACAUCAAGGUGGACGAGAAGGAGAUCGAGGAGGCCCGGUGGUUCCCACGGCAACAGGUGAUCGACUCUCUGUUCAGAGGAGAGUCUCCGGCCUUCGUCGUCCCGCCCAGACAGACCAUCGCUCACCAGCUGAUCAGACACUGGGUCGGCAUCAACUCCAACCUCUGACCUUUGACCUCAGAGCCUGAAGAGGCCGAGCUGCAGACUGAUGCUCAACCAACCGAGGACGAACCAGCUUCAACCGGAGGAAUCUCUUCUGUUCAACCUCCUCCAGUCGUGUGAACGGCUGCUUGUUCGUGUAGACGUCGAGUUGAAGCUCUCCUCAGAAUUCAAGUUGAUUAAAUAACAUGAUUAAAUAAUAAACUGUGGAAAAGUUAUAGGAGCAAAUGUUUAAGUCGCCAAAUCUUAGGUUCUGUUUCAAAGGAAAGUUGGGAUCAUAGUGUAAUACAAAUAAAAUGUCUAAUUUAAAA